UCACAGAAACACACACUCUCAAAGCCUCUCACACUCACGCUGCUCCUCUCACUCUCUCGCCACUGGUCUGUCCCUCUCUCUUCCCUCCAUCACCGCCGCGCCUCCCUCCGUCACCGGCGAUCCUCCCUCCGUCACCACCGCGCCUCCCAUCUCUGUUUAGAAUUGCCAUCAAGCAGAGGAGAGGACCUGCAGUCUAAGUGCUUGCUUGAACUCUACGGACUGGAGAAUUGCCAUCAAGCAGAGGAGAGGACCUGUAGUCAAAGUGCUUGCUUGAACUCUACGGACUGGAGUGAAGUGGGAAGUUUAGGUGGUUGAUAUAAAAGAAGAAUUCAGAAGAGGAAUAAAUUAUUGGUUGUUUCUGAUGAAAGAGGGUCACAUAGAUGGCUAUGAACUUCAUCAAAUCAUUGAGAAACAAUAUUAUGAUGAAUGAGGUAAUUCGGGUGGAGGGGCACAGAAUGUUUUCUGCCGGGGCUGGUAAGGCAAAGAAAGGAUCUAAAGGGGGUGGGGCUGCUGAUGGUCCAAAGGCAUCAACGCUCAGCAAAGAAGUCAAGUCCACUACAGUGGUUGGUGCCAAUAUCCUCAAGGAGGGAGUGGAUCCCAAAAUCGUGGCGGACUCUGAAUAUCCAGAUUGGCUGUGGCACCUGCUCGACAAACGCCCGGCAUUGAGUGAACUAAGGAGGAAGAACACAGAGGCUCUCCCUUAUGAAGAUCUCAAGCGCUUUGUUAAGUUGGACAACCGAGCCAGGAUCAAGGAAAACAAUUCUCUCAAGGCAAAGAAUUGAUCAGAAGUCAGUGUCAUUUUUUCUUGGUCAAAUUUUCUUUGUAAACUCUGAUGUUUGUGUCAUUUCUGGAAUGGCUUUUGAGACACUAUGAUCAACACUGGCAAGAAACUAAUAAUUGCUACAACCUUUUUCUUUGUAAAGGCAAAGAAUCAAGUUGUUUGUUGUCUUAGAGACCAGAUUAUGAUUCUUGAUGAGAUGAUACCAGGACUGUCGAUGAGAAGAGAGGAAGGUUCAUUCGUGUACACUGUUCAUUGUCGGAGAAUAGCUUACAUUAGAAAGUUACAGUUGAAAUUGAUUCUUUGUUAUGACUA